AUCCGUGGAUUCGAGGCUAAGGAGACUCUUGCAGCACCUACCUAUCACUUUUUCUAGAUCCGCCACUGAGAGUCAGCCUGAUAUUCCUCCUUGUGUUCCCAGGCCGAGUGCAUGGUGUUCGCUUUUGUAUCACGAUAAUCAGAUGAGUGAACAACUCAGUUCGAAGUCCGUAUGAGUCUGACCUCACCAUACAGUUAUACUCAGAGUUCUAUAUUCCAGACACUCACAGAUUUAUUUUUUCUAUAGAUCUAUGCCUAAAUCCCCAUGAAUAUUGAAAGUAGAUUCAUGGCAAUGAGUGUGCAUUGUCCCCUUUGUUGCCUGAUCAGUGGGUGUAUAUGUUUAUUCACCAAAAAGACUACAGGUAAACAGCCUUUAAUUUGACAGACCUCAUUCAAUUCUAUUACAAGAAUGGCCAUCCCCAACCACUGGAUCGGUGUACCCGACACUCCGAAUGUUCCACUUCUCUAUGCUGUUCUACCCGAUAUAGCAAAGUACCUCAACAUCGAUGUUAUUGUAAUGUACAUGUUUCAGAAAGGAUGUAUAACUGACAAUGACUACUACCGGAUUAACAAAGCCAGAGAGUCUGGGGGCAAUAUACAAGUGUGUACCGAGCUUGCUGUUCUAGUUCACAAGAAUAGAUCUCUGGACAAGUUCAUUCUAGCUCUGGAACAAUCCACUGCACAGCAUGCCGGACAUGACGAUAUCUUGAGACGAAUCAGAGAAGAGCAAAACAGACGAGAAUCACUCCCGACUAUAGAGCCGGCUAGUCCCCCCAUUCUUGUCGUUCCUGGGCAUUCAACUUCUCUUGAGGGAAUUACUAAAGGACCGUAUUUUCCUGGGGUCAAUGAGAGUUUGACAAAAGCUGAACCUAUUUUGUUGCCAAUAACAGGCGAGAUUCAAUCUAGAGAAGAAAGAAAGAAGCCUUCUAUUGGUGCAUUCUGCCUUGGGAAUUUGUGCACUGCAAUGAUUGUGAUUGUGCUCUCACUGGCUGCUAGCGGAAGUGCACUAAUCUAUUACGCUGCUCAAGCCUGGAUGUUCCCCGUGUACAUCAACUGCACUAUAAAACUAUACACAGACAACGCCAACAAUCCCGACCCAGAACGUAAUUCUAUCUACACUUUCAUCCUAAUAUCGGGAUUCCUGUGUCUAAUCAUACCAUCGAUCUUUCUGCUACUUCUAAUCUAUAGCAUCGUCAAGAGUUUCAAAGGGUUUAGUCGAGACAUCGUUCGACAAUACUUUGUCAUAGUCAUUAUCGCAUACAUCGCCGUAUGCAUCUUGAUAGGAAUUGCUCAGUUGGCUUUUUCUUUCUACAUUGCCAGUUUGAUCUAUCCUAACUUCGGACACUACAUGUUUGACACCAAACCUAUUGGCGAAAUGAUAUUCGAAUGUGACCCAGCCAUAUACCUCUCAGCCUUCGUCAGUGUGACAGUUACUUAUAUCCUAAUUUUCAUCCUUUUGGCAGCUCUAGUAAGUUGGUACAUUGCAUCAAAAGUCAAGAAAUAUUUUGCAACAGUUGUAGACGAAUGGUUUGAUCACUGUCUCCGUGCUUUCAAGGCGAAGACAACAGCUGUUACAACCCCAAGAGCAGGUAACAAUUCGCCUAUGUUCGAAGGUCGACUAGAAACACAACUUUGAACAUCUGUAUAAUAUAUACUGUAUUAUAACUAUUUUAUGUAUAUAUAGCUAGUGAUUAACUUUUCAUUAUUCGUUUAUUAUAACAUGCAUCACAUUCUUUAAACCAAUUGUGCAGCUAUUACAGAUAAUCCC